GCGGCGGCGGCGGCUGGACCCCCCUCCCCCGGUUCCCCCGAUCAGUGCAGCUCUCCGGGCGAUGCCAGAAUAGAUGCCGGGGCAAUGUCCCGCCGCAAACAGGGCAACCCGCAGCACUUGUCCCAGAGGGAGCUCAUCACCCCAGAGGCCGACCAUGUGGAGGCUGCCAUCCUCGAAGAGGACGAGGGUCUGGAAAUAGAGGAGCCCAGCGGCCUGGGGCUGUUGGUGGGUGGCCCCGACCCUGACCUGCUCACCUGUGGACAGUGUCAGAUGAACUUCCCCCUGGGGGACAUCCUGGUUUUUAUAGAGCACAAGAAGAAGCAGUGUGGCGGCAGCCUGGGUGCCUGCUAUGACAAAGGCCUGGACAAGGGCAGCCCGCCGCCCUCCUCACGCUCCGAGCUCAGGAAAGUGUCCGAGCCGGUGGAGAUCGGGAUUCAGGUCACCCCCGACGAAGACGACCACCUGCUGUCGCCCACAAAAGGCAUCUGCCCCAAGCAGGAGAACAUUGCAGGGCCGUGCAGGCCUGCCCAGCUGCCAGCGAUGGCCCCCAUAGCUGCCUCCUCCUCCCACCCUCACACAUCCGUGAUUACUUCACCUCUGCGCACCCUGGGCGCUCUGCCGCCCUGCUUCCCCCUGCCGUGCUGCAGCGCGCGCCCUGUCUCGGGUGACGGGACUCAGGGUGAGGGUCAGACGGAGGCUCCCUUUGGAUGCCAGUGUCAGUUGUCAGGUAAAGAUGAGCCUUCCAGCUACAUUUGCACAACAUGCAAGCAGCCGUUCAACAGCGCGUGGUUCCUGCUGCAGCACGCGCAGAACACGCACGGCUUCCGCAUCUACCUGGAGCCCGGGCCGGCCAGCAGCUCGCUCACGCCGCGGCUCACCAUCCCGCCGCCGCUCGGGCCCGAGGCCGUGGCCCAGUCCCCGCUCAUGAAUUUCCUGGGCGACAGCAACCCCUUCAACCUGCUGCGCAUGACGGGCCCCAUCCUGCGGGACCACCCGGGCUUCGGCGAGGGCCGCCUGCCUGGCACGCCGCCCCUCUUCAGCCCGCCGCCGCGCCACCACCUGGACCCGCACCGCCUCAGUGCCGAGGAGAUGGGGCUCGUCGCCCAGCACCCCAGUGCCUUUGACCGAGUCAUGCGCCUGAACCCCAUGGCCAUCGACUCACCCGCCAUGGACUUCUCGCGGCGGCUCCGCGAGCUGGCGGGCAACAGCUCCACGCCGCCGCCCGUGUCGCCGGGCCGCGGGAACCCUAUGCACCGGCUCCUGAACCCCUUCCAGCCCAGCCCCAAGUCCCCGUUCCUGAGCACGCCGCCGCUGCCGCCCAUGCCCCCCGGCAGCACGCCGCCGCCGCAGCCGCCCGCCAAGAGCAAGUCGUGCGAGUUCUGCGGCAAGACCUUCAAGUUCCAGAGCAAUCUCAUCGUGCACCGGCGCAGCCACACGGGCGAGAAGCCCUACAAGUGCCAGCUGUGCGACCACGCGUGCUCGCAGGCGAGCAAGCUCAAGCGCCACAUGAAGACGCACAUGCACAAGGCCGGCUCGCUGGCCGGCCGCUCGGACGACGGCCUCUCGGCCGCCAGCUCCCCGGAGCCCGGCACCAGCGAGCUGGCCGGCGAGGGCCUCAAGGCGGCCGACGGCGACUUCCGCCACCACGAGAGCGACCCGUCGCUGGGCCACGAGCCCGAGGAGGAGGACGAGGAGGAGGAGGAGGAGGAAGAGGAGCUGCUGCUGGAGAACGAGAGCCGGCCCGAGUCGAGCUUCAGCAUGGACUCGGAGCUCAGCCGCAACCGCGAGAACGGCGGCGGCGGGGUGCCCGGGGUCCCGGGCGCGGGCGGCGUGGGCGGCGCGGCCAAGGCGCUGGCCGACGAGAAGGCGCUGGUGCUGGGCAAGGUGAUGGAGAACGUGGGCCUGGGCGCGCUGCCGCAGUACGGCGAGCUGCUGGCCGACAAGCAGAAGCGCGGCGCCUUCCUGAAGCGCGCGGCGGGCGGCGGCGACGCGGGCGACGACGACGACGCGGGCGGCUGCGGGGACGCGGGCCCGGGGGGCGCGGUCAACGGGCGCGGCGGGGGCUUCGCGCCGGGCGCCGAGCCCUUCCCGGGCCUCUUCCCGCGCAAGCCGGCGCCGCUGCCCAGCCCCGGGCUCAACAGCGCGGCCAAGCGCAUCAAGGUGGAGAAGGACCUGGAGCUGCCGCCCGCCGCGCUCAUCCCGUCCGAGAACGUGUACUCGCAGUGGCUCGUGGGCUACGCGGCGUCGCGGCACUUCAUGAAGGACCCCUUCCUGGGCUUCACGGACGCGCGCCAGUCGCCCUUCGCCACGUCGUCCGAGCACUCGUCCGAGAACGGCAGCCUGCGCUUCUCCACGCCGCCCGGGGACCUGCUGGACGGCGGCCUGUCGGGGCGCAGCGGCACGGCCAGUGGCGGCAGCACGCCGCACCUGGGCGGCCCGGGCCCCGGGCGGCCGAGCUCCAAGGAGGGCCGCCGCAGCGACACGUGCGAGUACUGCGGCAAGGUGUUCAAGAACUGUAGCAACCUGACGGUGCACCGGCGGAGCCACACCGGCGAGCGGCCUUACAAGUGCGAGCUGUGCAACUACGCGUGCGCGCAGAGCAGCAAGCUCACGCGCCACAUGAAGACGCACGGGCAGAUCGGCAAGGAGGUGUACCGCUGCGACAUCUGCCAGAUGCCCUUCAGCGUCUACAGCACCCUGGAGAAACACAUGAAAAAGUGGCACGGCGAGCACUUGCUGACUAACGACGUCAAAAUCGAGCAGGCUGAGCGGAGCUAAGCGCGCGCCCGCGUGCGUGCGCGGGCCCGGGCACCCCGCACCUGUACAGUGGAACCGUUGCCAACCGAGAGAAUGCUGACCUGACGCUUGCCUCCGUGUCACCGCCACUUAGCACCCCGCGUGUCCCCGGGGCCCAGGGGAGGCAGCACUCCAACCUAACCUGUGUCUGCGAAGUCCUAUGGAAACCCGAGGGUUGAUUAAGGCAGUAAAAAUUGUGGAGCCUUUUAACUGUGCAAUAAUUUCUGUAUUUAUUGGGUUUUGUAAUUUUUUUGGCAUGUGCAGGUACUUUUUAUUAUUAUUCUUUCUGUUUAAAUUCCUUUAAAAGAUUUUGUUGGGUAUCCAUCCCUUCUUCAGUUUUUUUUUUUUUUUUUAAACCCAGUAGUAGCCUGAGCAAUGACUCCCGAGCAAUGUAGAGGGCAGCAUAUCUUUUAAAUUAUAAUUUGGGGGGGAGGGCGCUGCUUUAUUGAAAUUUAAGCUAAGCAUGUGUAAUUUCUUGUGAAGAAGCCAACACUUAAAUGACUUUUAAAGUUGUUUACUUUUUUAUUCCUUCUUUUUUGUUUGGUCCUGAAAUAAAAAGUGGCAUGCAUGGUUUUUUUGGGGGGGUAAGGGUGGGUGUACAGCGGAUAACAAUCUUUAAAGUUGUAGCACUUUGUUUCAGAAUUGGAAUGGAGGUGUAGCACUGACCAUAUCCUGAGUAACAGAGGCCUUUUCUGUGUUGACUUCAACCUUUACAUUAUAUGAGGAAACUCUCAGUGGUGGGGGAGAGGCCCCCCAAAAACUCAGCACUGCCAGAGAAACAGGAGUUUUUGAGGGCUGCCCCUGGACAUGGCCCGAGAGCAUUCUAAAAUUGUGCAUUCCUAGCAGGUACUGUCCUUUUCUUGGAAUGUUGCUGUGCCCUGGGAUGCCAUCUUUGUGAUUUGCUGUAGAUGAGGCUAAAUACAGUGGGCUGAGGGUACUUUUUUGGGGGUAGAUGGUGAUGGCCUGCAGUGACACAGAAAGGAAGAAACCAGCGGGGUUCUUUAGGCUUCUUCUGGCUUGGCAGCUUCUCUCUCUCUCUUCAUCACCCCCACCACAGAAAUCCCCAGUCAUAUGUUGCUACAAGUGAUACAUAUGAUAGCUGAUCAUGUCUCAAGCAGGCAAGUGCCCUGAUGGAGAAUCAAGGGAAGUGAGUGGUCUCUCAUUUAAUGCACACUGAUGACAUUGUACGGACCGGGGCGGGGGUGAGGGAGGGGGUGGGAAGCUUGCAAAUUUCUGUUCCCUUUUACUGGAAAAGCAGGGGGGACGAGUUCCAUCUGAGGGUGCCCAGAGCUACUUCCCAAUUUUUUUUCUAUCCCAUUAGGUUGGAAGGUACUAAACAUUGGACUGUUAAGAUUAGACAUUUGAAUUCUGUUGACCCGCACUUUAAAGCUUUUGUUUGCAUUUAAAUUAAAUGGCUUCUAAACAAGAAAUUGCAGCAUAUUCUUCUCUUUGGCCCAGAGGUGGGUUAAACUGUAAGGGACGGCUGAGAUUGAGUGUCAGUGUUGCUAAGCGUGGCAUUCACAAUACUGGCACUAUAAAGAGCAAAAGAAAAUAAUAAUUUAUUGGACAGUUUUUCUACUGCCAUUCAAUUUGAUGUGAGUGCCUUGAAAACUGAUCUUCCUAUUUGAGUCUCUUGAGACAAAUGCAAAACUUUUUUUUUUGACACGAAAAGACUUUUUUAAAAAGUAAAACAAGAAAAGUACAUUCUUUAGCAACAAACAAAGCCACAUUUACUUUAAAUAAAUUUUAAAAAAUUCUGGUUGAAGAUAGAGGACAUGAAAAUGCCAUAAGACCCAAUCAAAUGAAGAAAUAAACCCAGCACAACCGUGGACAUCCAUUAGCUGAAUUAUCCUCAGCCCCUUUUGUCUGGGACAACGCUGCUUAGAUAUGGAGUGGAGGCAAUUUACUGCUGAAUGAAACUCAAGUGACACAAGUUACAAGUUGAUAUUGUUGAAUGAAAAACAAAACAAUUCAGGAACAACGGCUAAUUUUUUCUAAAAUUAAAUUUAGUGCACUCUGUCUUAAAAAUACGUUUACAGUAUUGGAUACAUACAAGGGUUAAAAAAAUUGUGUGUAUGUGUGUUGGAGCGAUCAUUUUUUUUUCAAAGUUUGCUUAAUAGGUUAUAAAAAAAAAUGCCACAGUGGCUGCGUGUAUAUUGUUUUCUUUUGGUGAUGGGGUUUUAGUAUAUAUUAUAUAUAUUAAAAUUUCUUGAUUACUGUAAAAGUGGACCAGUAUUUGUAAUAAUCGAGAAUGCCUGGGCAUUUUACAAAACAAGAAAAAAAACCUUUUCUUUUUGAAAAUGUUGCAGUAAAAUUUAAAUGGUGGGUCUAUAAAUUUGUUCUUGUCACAGUAACUGUAAAGUCGGAGUUUUAGUAAAUUUUUUUCUGCCUUGGGUGUUGAAUUUUUAUUUCAAAAAAAAUGUAUAGAAACUUGUAUUUGGGGAUUCAAAGGGGAUUGCUACACCAUGUAGAAAAAGUAUGUAGAAAAAAAGUGCUUAAUAUUGUUAUUGCUUUGCAGAAAAAAAAAAUCACAUUUCUGACCUGUACUUAUUUUUCUCUUCCCACCUCCCUCUGGAAUGGAUAUAUUGGUUGGUUCAUAUGAUGUAGGCACUUGCUGUAUUUUUACUGGAGCUUGUAAUUUUUUAACUGUAAGCUUGUCCUUUUAAAGGGAUUUAAUGUACCUUUUUGUUAGUGAAUUUGGAAAUAAAAAGAAAAAAAAAACAAAAACAAACAGGCUGCCAUAAUAUAUUUUUUUAAUUUGGCAGGA